CCGUAUCCCGUUCAUUUCUUCUCGCCCCUCAUUUUACGCGCUCCCUCCUCCUUGCUGAGGAGGAGUAAACAAUAGCCACGAGGAGAAAAAGGAAUAUGAUGGUUUCGUGGUUAACUUUCGCCUUCCUGUGGGGGACUUUCUGCACACGGCCAGGCCAUGCUGAGGCCGAGACCCGGGAAUGCAUCUAUUACAAUGCCAACUGGGAACUGGAAAAGACCAACCAGAGCGGAGUGGAGCGCUGUGAAGGGGAGAAGGACAAACGCCUCCAUUGCUACGCCUCCUGGAGAAACAACUCCGGCUCCAUCGAACUGGUGAAGAAAGGGUGCUGGCUUGACGACUUCAACUGCUACGACAGGCAGGAAUGUGUGGCCACAGAAGAGAGCCCACAAGUGUUUUUCUGCUGCUGCGAGGGAAACUACUGCAAUGAAAAGUUCACUCACUUACCCGAAGUUACUGGCCCAGAAGUGGUCUAUGAGCCUCCGCCGCCAAGCCUCUCGCUGCUCAACAUCCUGGUUUACUCUCUGCUUCCCAUCAUUGCCCUCUCCAUCGCCAUUCUCCUUGCCUUCUGGAUGUACCGCCACCGCAAGCCCCCCUACGGGCACGUCGACAUCAGUGAGGACCCGAGUCUGCCACCCCCUUCUCCGUUGGUUGGACUUAAACCCUUGCAGCUGUUGGAGAUCAAGGCUAGGGGCCGUUUCGGCUGCGUCUGGAAAGCUCAGCUGAUGAAUGACUACGUGGCAGUCAAAAUCUUCCCCAUACAGGAUAAACAAUCGUGGCAGAGCGAGAGGGAGAUUUUCACCACCCCAGGCAUGAAGCACGAAAACCUUUUGCAGUUCAUCGCAGCAGAGAAGCGGGGAGCAAACUUGGAGGCAGAGCUGUGGCUGAUCACAGCUUACCAUGACAAGGGCUCUUUGACCGACUACCUGAAAGGGAACAUUGUCAGCUGGAACGAACUCUGCCAUAUAGCAGAAACCAUGGCUCGCGGACUCUCUUACCUGCAUGAAGAUGUACCUUGGUGUAAAGGAGAAGGACAUAAACCUGCUAUAGCUCACAGGGACUUCAAGAGCAAAAACGUAUUGCUGAAGAAUGACUUGACAGCCGUGCUAGCAGACUUUGGGUUGGCUGUACGGUUUGAACCUGGGAAACCUCCAGGAGACACCCACGGACAGGUGGGAACAAGAAGAUACAUGGCUCCCGAGGUGUUAGAGGGAGCGAUAAACUUCCAGAGAGACGCCUUCCUCAGAAUAGACAUGUAUGCCAUGGGGCUAGUCUUGUGGGAGCUGGUCUCCAGGUGCAAAGCAGUUGAUGGUCCAGUAGAUGAGUACAUGCUGCCUUUCGAAGAGGAGAUCGGUCAGCAUCCAUCACUCGAGGACUUACAGGAAGUGGUGGUUCACAAGAAGAUACGCCCUGCAUUCAAGGAUCACUGGCUUAAACACCCCGGUUUGGCACAGCUUUGUGUCACGAUAGAAGAAUGCUGGGACCACGACGCAGAGGCACGCCUCUCGGCAGGUUGCGUGGAGGAGCGGCUUUCUCAGAUACGCAAAUCAGUAAACGGCACUACCUCGGACUGCCUCGUUUCCAUUGUGACCUCUGUCACUAACGUGGACUUGUUGCCCAAAGAGUCAAGUAUCUAAAGCCUGGUUCACGGUUUUUGUUUUUUUCUUUUCUUUUUUGUGGUCUUUCCA